AUGGCGCUCAAAGCAGGUGUGGCGACUUUGAUCUCAAUGGCGGCUGCAUUUGAUUUACCAGGCUUGGCCGAUUUUGGAAUGGCCGCCAUCCUCGAGUUCACUGAGGAGCCAAUGGCUGGAAGGAGCAAUGCGAAAGCGGGACUUCCAGUGGUGAUGAUGCAUGGCAUGGGCGACUUUGGCAACAACCCCAUGGGCAUGGUGCCUUUGCGCAAGCUCAUCGCUGAAACUGCCAAUGCCUACGUGCACAGUGUGGAGCUGUGCUCCGACCCCACGAAACUCUCAGAUUGCGACACGCAAGAUCAGUCCAACGGCUUCUUCAUGACCAUGGACGAGCAGGUUGACCAAUUUGCUCGUGUGGUACGCGCAGAUGCAAAGCUUAGCGGCGGUUUCAAUGCAGUUGGCUUUUCACAGGGCAACACUGUGAUCCGUGGCUACAUUCACAAAUACAACAAUCCACCAGUGAAGACUUUCCUGUCGAUGCAUGGUGUUAUGAUGGGCGUGAAUGGCCUUCCACAGUGUCCCAUGAGUGUGCCAGGUGUUGGACCUUUGUGCCGUGCGGUUGAUGCCAUCGUCUCGCAUGCCGGGGUCUACUCUUCCUUUGUGCAGAACCGAUUGGCGCAGGCAAACUACUACCGUGAUGCAGAAAACCUGGUGGAGUACAGGACUCAUGGGCAUUUCUUGCCCUACAUCAACAAUGAGGUGCAGGGGCACCAGAACUCUACUUACAAGCAGAACUUUCAGUCUUUGGAAAAGCUUGUGUUGGUGAUGGCCGAGGACGAUACCAUGGUGCACCCAAAGGAGAGUGAGCACUUUGGCUACUUCAAGGAUGGCUCUCGCACGGAGCUGGUGACUAUGCGUGAUGCACCUUGGUACAAAGAGGACUGGUUCGGAUUGAAGAGCCUGGACGAGGCAAAGAAGAUCGAAUUUCACUCCACUCCAGGGAAUCAUCUUCGUUUCAAGAAGGAUUUUCUGGUCGAGAUGGUGCAGCGCUACUUCGUGACCGAGUCAUCCGUGGUGGUGUGA